AUGGGGUUCCUCCACAUGGUCGUCAUUUCAAACGCGGAAGCGGCGCGUGAAGUGCUCCAAGUCCAAGACAACAUCUUCUCCAACCGCCCCGCCACCAUAGCCAUCAGGUACCUAACCUACGACCGCGCCGACAUGGCUUUCGCACACUACGGUCCCUUCUGGCGCCAGAUGCGCAAAAUCUGCGUCGUCAAACUCUUCAGCCGCAAGCGCGCGGAGUCCUGGAACUCCGUGAGAGGUGAAGUCGACACCAUCGUCCGCACCAUUGCGGCGAACGUGGGCGACCCCAUUAACGUGGGAGAAGUGGUGUAUUAUCUCACCAAGAACAUCGUGUAUCGUGCGGCUUUAGGGUCUGGUUGCCGGGAGCGCCAAGCUGAGUUCAUUUCAAUUCUGGAGGAGUUUUCGAAGUUGUUUGAAGCCUUCAACAUUGCGGACUUUAUCCCGUGUCUUUGGUGGGUUGAUCCUCAGCAUCUGAACAAGAGACUGAUCAAGGCACGUGCCGCGUUGGAUGGUUUCAUUGACAAGAUCAUUGACGAGCACGUGGAGAAGAGGAGACGCGACAUUUGUGAGGGAGAGAGUGACAUGGUUGAUGGGUUGCUGAACUUUUACAGUGAAGAGGCUAAGCUCAACAAUGAUUCCGUCGAGCAGCAGAAUGCCAUGAGAGUAACCAAGGAUAACAUCAAAGCUGUUAUCAUGGACGUGAUGUUCGGAGGGACCGAAACAGUGGCGUCGGGAAUCGAGUGGACAAUGGCGGAGCUAAUGCGAAGCCCAGAGGAGCUACGGCGAGAGAUGCUGCGGCUGCACCCGCCAAUUCCGCUUCUACUCCACGAGACGGCGGAGAACGCGGCGGUGUGUGGGUACCACGUGCCGAAAGGGGCGCGCGUGAUCAUAAACGUGUGGGCCAUCGGGAGGGACAAGGGCACGUGGGAGGAGCCCGAAGCGUUCAAGCCGUUGCGGUUUCUGAACCCGGAGGCGCCGAAUUUCGAAGGGAGCGACUUCGAAUUCAUUCCAUUCGGGUCGGGCCGUAGAUCCUGCCCCGGAAUGCAACUGGGUCUGUACGGGCUGGAAGUGGCGGUGGCGCACUUGCUUCACUCCUUCACUUGGGAGUUACCCAAUGGGAUGAAACCCAGCGAGUUGGACACGAGCGACGUGUUCGGACUCGCCGCUCCCAGGGCGAGUCGACUCGUGGCGAUUCCAACUAAGCGUUUGAUGUGCCCUCUCUAG